AGAAUCCUAGGGCUCCAAUUUACCUACCAAAAGGUGAAAUAGGGCAGUGGAACACGAAGUGCACUUUCACUUCUUUGUUGAAAUAUAUCUAAACCGCUGCCAUAAUCUAUCGCAGCAAAUGGGACUUGCAGCACCUCGCAAGAAAAUAAAAAUCUCCCAUGACCCCAAUAAUACCAAUUGGGCACGGUCAACAAGCGGUUUCGGACACAAGAUCUUGAGCUCCCAGGGAUGGACACCCGGGAGCUUCUUGGGGGCGCGCAAUGCCGCACAUGCUGAAAUGUUUACUUCAGCGAGUGCAUCUCACAUCAAGGUUGUCCUGAAGGAUGAUACACUGGGCCUAGGGGCGCGGCCCAAACGUGAUCCUCUAAAUGAGCCCACCGGUCUUGAUGCAUUCAAGGGACUUCUUGGUCGGCUAAACGGCAAGUCAGACGCGGAUUUGCAGGUCGAGCAGCAGAAGCGCGACAACGUAAAAUUAGCUCGAUAUGCUGCCACGAAAUGGCAAGCAGUCACAUUCAUAAGUGGCGGUUUGCUAGCUCAGGAAAAAAUUACCCCCAUUGUCACUGAGGAGCCGCAAGGAACCAAAAAAGACAAGCAAGAGGACAGACUAUCUGCUACGGUACCUGCACCGGACAAUGACCAAGUGAGCUCUGAUGGCAUUGAGGGGUCAGGCAAUGUUGGGGACCAAAGCGAUCACCAAAGCAUCAAGAAGAAAAAAUCGAAAUCCAAGAGCCAUCGGGAGAAGAAGGACAGAAAAAGGAAACAUGCUGACGGGCCUGAGUCCACCGACUCCGGAGAUACGAAUAAGAAAUCAGCAGAGAAGAAGAGUAAGGCCACAAGAGAUGAUGAAGAAAGCUCUUCAACAGCUUCUAAAGGUCCGUCGAGGGAGCGCCGUCCGAUGGGGAGACAUGUUUUUCGAGGCCGACAUAUUGCGCAGAAGAAAGCGGCUCUCAUGGACGAGAAGUCUCUCAACGAGGUGAGAACCGAAUACUUUGAAGUUGGACUUUCAGAUCGCAGAAGCUAAUGUGUUACAGAUAUUCAUGGUCAAAUCCUAGUGCCGUAUAUACCUCUCUCAUGACAUGCCCUAGACUUAUAGACAUAGAUAUACUCCUUGCUGGCUUGGUUCGGCAUCUCUUACAAUCGUCCGU